AUGGAACAAUAUGAGCCUUUAGAAAUUAUUGGUACAGGAUCUUUUGGCCUCAUUCGUAAAGUAAGACGAAAAUCCGAUAGUAAGAUUUUAGCACGCAAAGAAAUUGACUAUCGGCGCAUGAAUGAUAAAGAAAUGACUCAACUUAUGACAGAAGUUAAUAUUCUCCGUGAACUUAAUCAUCCCAAUAUUGUGCGUUACUAUGAUCGACAUAUUGAUCAAAUGAAUUGUAUGAUGUACAUUAUUAUGGAAUAUUGCGAAGGAGGUGACCUUUCCUCAAUAAUCAAGAAAUGCAAAAAAGAAAGAAAUUAUUUGCCUGAAAACACUAUUUGGUACUUCUUUAUUCAGAUAUUGCGAGCGCUUCAUGAAUGUCAUUAUGGCUAUGGUAGUAGCAAAUGUGGUUCAGAUCAUAGUCAACAACACAUAACGAUAUUACAUCGUGAUAUAAAACCGGAUAAUGUAUUAUUGGGUAGUGAUAAUAAGCUUAAAUUGGGCGAUUUUGGUUUGUCGAAAAAACUGAAUUUAGGUCGAGAGCUUGCACAAACUUAUGUUGGUACACCUUAUUAUAUGUCUCCGGAACUAAUAGCUGAAUCACAUUAUGAUACUAAGUCUGAUAUUUGGUCACUUGGAUGUUUACUAUAUGAGCUCUGUGCUUUACAACCGCCGUUUCAAGCAAAAUCACAACCUAUUUUGGCGCUAAGAAUCAGCGCUGGCACGAUCUCACCUAUACCAUCACGGUAUUCGGAUGAACUUCAUAAUAUUAUUAGAGCAAUGUUAAUGGUUGAUCCGAACAAAAGGCCUACGACUGCAGAAUUAAUGAAGAAGUUGAAUCCCAUUAGGGAUAUAACAUAUCGAGAAGAGGAGCUUAAGCAACGAGAGGUAGCUUUAAACGGACGUGAAAUAAUGAUAGCAACCAAAGAGGAAGAACUAAGACGAGGAUUUACAGAACUUCAACAACGCAAACAACAAUUAGAAUUUGAAAGACAACAAUUUACCAAUGAGGUUAACCUUCACACAGAGCAGUUUAGUAUGGAAGUUCAACGAAAAAAUGAAGAAUUUAAAAUCGAAUAUUCAAAUCUCUUGCAACAAAAAGAAGAAUUAAAUAACAGCUUUCUAGAGCUUAAGCGACAAAAGGACUUGCAAGAGCAAAUCUUUCAAAAUCAAGAAUCAGAGUUAAAACGACGUCAUGAUGACCUUCAGCGUCAAAUUGACGAAUUUAAUAAGACGAGAAAUGCAGUAUUGCUUCAGGUUGUUACACAAGUUGAAGAAACUAUUACAAGUAAAGAAGUCAUAUCGCUUCGCAAUCCAUCCGAAAAUCAGGAAAAGGAAAAUAUAGAUUUUUCGUCUUCUAAGGUAGACUCGAACAAAAAGAGUGAAACUGCCGUCUCGAAAGGCUUUCGUACGCAAAAAAAAAUUGCAUCAAGUUUAAAUGGUGGGGCAGUUGUAAAACCUUCCGUCCUACGGCAAGAAUUACCAAAGACCAGACUGAGAAAGUUAAUAUAUCCCCCAUUAGAAGCACGACCUAGAAAUAGUGCAUCAGUAUCAAGCAUGAUUCCUCAAAAACGAUUACAGCAGAGUUCACAAGGAUCCAGU